AAAGAAAUAUCAUUUACGGAAGUUUCACACCAUCUGCCGACACAAGAACCACACACUCUACGAUACAACAGUGAGCUUAAGGCAAGACUGCGGGCAGAGUAAAGAAAGAACACAUCCAAGAUAGCGUUAGGAGCUUGUGCACAAUUUUUUUUUCCGUGACCACACAAAAUGGACAUCUUCAACACCACGGAAACCAACCAUUCAGCAGAGGAAAUACUCAUCCAUACCUUAGCUGGCGCAGUGACCUCAUCGACAGUUUCUAAAGUCUUUAAAAUAAUGCCAUUAACUUUAGUAAUGCUGGCAUCGCUUGUAGGAAAUUCCAUCGUCGUUCACGCAAUCUAUGCUGAUAUUCGGAUGAGAACAGCAACCAACGUUUUGAUUGCGAGCCAGAGUGUUGUGGAUCUUGGCACAAGCGUUUUGGUUAUCCCUUUCGCCCUAGUAUCUGUUGGCUGCGAUGGGUGGAUUUUUGGGGUUGAGUUUUGCGCUGCGAAUGGAUUCUUCAACUUGUACUUCACGCAGAUAACUGUCCUGCAGCUGGUUAUUAUUGCAUUUGACAGGUAUUUGGUGAUUGUCAAACCCUCGUGCCGUGCAAUAAAUCUAAAGGAUGCCAUAAAACUAACUUUGGUAGCUUGGAUAGUCAGUUUCCUUGGAUCAUUCCCAUGGCUUCCCUUACUAACCAAUCAUGUGCAAGUGGUAUAUUUUCAUGGUUUCUACGUGUGUGCCAAACGUUAUUCUCAUCCUGUUCUUGGCGCUCAAUUGUUUUGUGUGAUUUUUGUGAUAACAGUUUUCGCAGUCCUGCCGUUGUUUUUCAUAUUUUACAGUUAUUACCGCAUAAACAGGGUUAUCCACUUAAACAAACAUAGAAUCUCCCCCGUGUCUCUAUCGAACGCUCAGAAGAUGGCGAUCAACGUUUACGCGAAGUCAGCAUCUACAUCAAAAAUUGUGAUCGGAACAAGUCUACUUCAAGUUUUCCCAGCGUGCUUUAUGAUGCUAUUGGACGGUUUGCAGGUUGAUCCUUUUCCGAAUGAUGUCAAAACGGCUGCUAAGUGGAUAAUGUGGUGCCACUGUGCAGUUAAGCCAAUUAUAUACGCGACGAAAAGCGGAAUGUGGGCGAAAACUAUUCGUAAAUACCUUUUGGUGUUUCCGUUGUUCUCAGCAUUGUCUAGAAUAGAUUUAAAACUGGCAUCUCUCUCCAAAGUCGCGGAUCGUGUCAAAAAAUAUGGACUUUCACGACGAAUGAACUCUGUGGAAAGAAAAGAAAAUGAUACAGCUGAAACAUUGCAACAUAACUCUCAGGAAAGGACUCAAAGAUCAACCUGGCUUCAUAGCAUGAAAAACGCUUGGCAAGUUGAUGAGCAAAAUGAUUUUUGCGAGUUUUAAUACACGAGAAUGUAUGACAUUUUGGUGCAAUAUGUAAUCGGUAACAAUCGCUUGAUAUUCAAUAAUAAUAAUAAUAAUAAUAAUAACUUUUAUUUAUAUAGCGCUCAAA